CCUUUUGUGUGUGAUGAGGCUGUUUUCGCCCCUUCCCCCGCUUGCUUUUUGCUUUGACUUGUGGAAUUGCUGAGCGUUCCAACCCUUUUUUGGGACUGUUCUGCCGUUGUACCCACAACCAUGUUGCAAAGCCAAGCCAUGUUGAUACAAAAAGGAGGAGCAACCUCCCGCAUUUCGCACUAGAUUUCACUGCUGACUUUGACCAUUGCAAACACAUUCCACAUUCCUAAAGAGAAUACACCCUUUUGACAACCAGCGCAAGCAGACUUGCUACAUAUUGGCAGCAUGCAUAUACCCACAUCAGCUCUGCUGCUGUUAACGUUGGGAGGCACAGCUCGCGCCUCCCUCGCUCACAACCACUUGGCCGAGCUUCAUGCCCAAGAAUACCCGGCUCGCCCUCACGCUAACAUCCACGCUGACCGGUACUACUCCAACCGUUACAAUUACCAACACGGCGACAGUUACUACCGGGAGCGUCCCGAAUACGAAGAGUAUUCAGAGUACUCUGACUACGAAUACCAAAGGACCCACCCGCACUUGUUUGGGAGUUCGGGUCGCUAUGGCGGGAGGCAAUCGAUACGUCCACAUGAACAGGGCGUUAGGGUCCAGGCUGCUGACGGCUUUGCUGGCCCAGAUGGUCUCAAUGCUACCGAUCUUCAGGCUGUGCAAUAUAUCAUUAUAGGGCAAAUCGUUGGCGCUUCCAACGACAACACACAGGCCAUGGUUCAAGUUCAAUGCAACAUUAAGGGAUCUCCGGCGUUAGCGCGUGGGGGAGCCGGGGGACCUCCAGGACCUAAUGGUCCUCCUCAAAACGGACCCGGUGGCCCUCCUCAAAACGGACCCGGUGGCCCUCCUCGAAACGGACCCGGCGGUUCUCCUCAAAGCGGACCCGGUGGCCCUCCUCAAAACGGACCCGGUGCCCCUUCUCGCUUGCCUCAAGGGCCUGGCGGACCACCAGGUAAUCCAUUUGAUUUGGGGCCAGGUGGAUCUCCUCAAACCGGACCCGGUGGGCCGCAAGGACCUGGGCCACAGGGACCUGGUGGGCCACCCGGGCAAUUCGGUCGGCAAGGGCCAGGUGGACCGAAUAGCAAUAUGGAAGUCCCUCCUCAAUGGCGGCAAACUUUCGACAACCUCCCUCCUGAAACUCAAAACGACUUGAGGAACAUGUUUGGACCUCCGCAAGGUCCUCCUCGAUCGGGUCUUUGGAAACGUCAGAUGCCGAAUGGCCAGGUACCCCCUGAGGGACCUCCGGGUCCUGGCGGUCCUCCCGGUGGUUUCGAUCCUACUAAUCCAGCUGGUCCUGGUGGGCCUGGAGGUCCUCCCGGUGGUUUCGAUCCUACUAACCCAACUGGUCCUGGUGGGCCUGAAGGUCCUCCCGGCGGUUUCGAUCCCAAUAAUCCUGGUGGUCCUGGAGGUUUUCCUGGCGGCUUUGAUCCAACUAACCCAACUGGUCCUGGUGGGCCUGGAGGUCCUCCCGGCGGUUUCGAUCCCAAUAAUCCUGGUGGUCCUGGAGGUUUUCCUGGCGGCUUUGAUCCAACUAAUCCCAGUGGUCCCGGCGGUCCCGGCGGUCCUUCCCGUGGUCCUCAAGGUCCCGGUGGUUUUGAUCCUACUGAUCCAUCUGGUCCUGGUGGUCCUGGUGGUCCCGGUGGUCCCGGCGGUCCGGGGCCUAAUGCCAACCUAUCCAGAUAUCUGGUUUCUCCCAACAAUGCACACCGAGCGUUGGGAACACUUCAAGUAUUUCUCCUUACUGCAUCUGCUGGCCGACAGCCAACGUACACCCUUGCCGGUGGAUGCACUGGAGUACAGACCGCUUCCCGCGACACUCUUCAACAAGUCUCAAACGCCCUUGGUGCCAACCGGAACGAACUGGCAGGACGACAAUGUGACGUUCUCCCGCCGCCCGGCCAAGGAGGCAACACGAAUGGAACGUCAACCCGUCUUCAAUCUGCUGUGGGCACUCAGAGUGCUGCUGGAAAGUCUGUCAUUGGAUGGAGUGGAAUGAUGGUUGCGAUUGUCGCCACUCUGGGCUCGUUGUUGCUUUGA